AUGGCCCAUCUACUCCAUGCCCACGCCGGGUCUCCCUUGGCUCGCACCGGAUCCCCUCUCACCAGAACUGGCACCCCGAUGGCAGUCUACGAGGAGUCCAGCAGUCAUGUGUCUGGCGGGAUGCCCCAUUAUCAUCUGGUUGGCAAAGACAUGAAAAUGUUUUCCGAAGCUGGAUUUGACAUGGACAAAAUUCACAUCAAACGUAAUGCGCCGGUGGCCCAAUUGUAUGAAGAUGCGAUCAGAAAUGAAGGCGCAAUCAUCUCGGCAUCGGGAGCCUUGAUCAAUUUCUCUGGCAAGAAAACUGGACGAUCUCCCAAGGAUAAGCGAAUCGUUUACGAGGAGACCAGCAAGGACCAUGUCUGGUGGGGAAGUGUCAACAUCAAGAUGGACGAGCAUACCUUCGAAAUCAAUCGGGAGCGUGCUAUCGACUAUCUUAACACGAGAGAAAACGUCUACGUGUUUGAUGGCUUUGCUGGCUGGGACCCAAAAUACCGCAUCAAAGUCCGAGUCAUAUGUGCCCGGGCCUAUCAUGCACUCUUCAUGACUAACAUGCUCAUUCGACCUACCGAAGCCGAUCUAGAGGACUUUGGUGAACCCGAUUUCACCAUUUACAACGCUGGCCAAUUCCCCGCCAACCGCUUCACGAGUGGGAUGACCUCGGCCACUUCGGUUGAAAUCAACUUCAAGAGGCGCGAGAUGGUCAUCCUGGGGACUGAAUACGCUGGUGAGAUGAAGAAAGGGAUUUUCUCAGUCAUGCAUUACCUUCAACCAGUCAAGUUUGGCCAGCUGUCAUUGCAUUCUUCGGCUAACGAAGGGCCGAACGGAGAUGUUUCCUUGUUUUUCGGUCUUUCGGGCACUGGGAAAACCACCUUGUCUGCUGACCCAGCCCGCAUGCUCAUUGGUGAUGAUGAACAUGUAUGGUCUGAUAAUGGCGUUUUCAACAUCGAAGGUGGAUGCUACGCCAAAUGUAUUGGCUUGAGUGCGGAAAAAGAGCCUGAUAUUUACCGAGCCAUUCGGUUCGGAGCUAUCCUCGAAAACGUCGUAUACGACGGAGACUCGAGAGAGCCGUGCUAUGACGACGCUAGCAUCACUGAAAACACGCGAUGUGCUUAUCCUAUCGAGUUCAUUCCAAAUGCCAAGAUCCCCUGUUUGUCAACUGCCCAGCCCUCGAACGUCGUCUAUCUCACUUGCGAUGCGUAUGGCAUAUUGCCACCUGUCUCGUUGCUUACUCGCGCGCAAGCACAAUACUGGUUUUUAAUGGGCUACACGUCCAAAACCCCUGGAACUGAAGAUGGUGUUACCGAACCCACUCCAACGUUUUCCACCUGUUUCGGCCAACCGUUUAUAGUUCUUCAUCCUUCGAAAUAUGCGACCAUGUUGGCUGAAAGAAUGGACAAGGUCCAAGCCAAGUGCUGGCUUAUCAACACUGGAUGGGUCGGAGGCAAAUUCGGAGUCGGCUCGCGAUGCUCUCUCAAGUACACGCGAAAGCUGAUCGAUGCGAUUCACGACGGAAGCUUGGCAAAAGCCGAGUUUGAAAACUUCGAUGUCUUCAACCUUUCGAUCCCUAAGAGCUUACCGGAGGUCCCCGACACGGUGCUCAAUCCAGCCAAGGCCUGGAAAAACACAGCCUCUUUCGAGGCCGAUCGAAAGAAAUUGGCUACGAUGUUCAAAGACGCCUUCAAGAAAUACGAGAAAGAGGUCUCGCAAGACGUCAAAGACGCCGGCCCCCAAGUCUAG